UUUGUUGUCGUGUGUUGCUUGUUCUGUUGACUUGUUUAGUUCCUGUUAAUUAACUCUAAUUUUUCUUCUGCUUUGAAGAUUUGGGUCGUGGAUCCGCCUUUGGUGUUCCAUUGCUACAGGGCCCCCCAUGCUUGAAUAUCAUUCCUUCCGCUUCGCUCUCUUGUAAGUUUCUUUUUUUGCUAGUGACCAUCGAAGACCUUAUACUGAUCCUCUCGGUUGUCUCGAGCUCUCUUUCCUGAUUCUGGGUUUCAUAUGAAAGAUUUGAGAUGGGUAUUUCGAGAAGCAGCCAUUGAUGGUCUCGAUUGAAGUUUCUCUCCAUGUUCAAAAUCACUGUAGUCCUUAUAUGUUGUGAAUCUUGUUUUUUUUUUCAUGCAACCUUUUCAGAUAGAGCCAGCCAUUGAUGGUCAACCGAAGCUCUGUUCUUUUUACGUGUUCUUGAACUAUGAAACAUGUUGCAAAACCGCAGAUCUGCCAUGACGAAGAUUUUGCUUGCACUUUUUGCCGCACUUGCAGCAGUGGGUCUGAGUGUGACGGACCCAAACGACCUUGGUAUUCUCAAGCAGUUCAGAGAUGGUCUGGAGAACCCAGAGCUCUUGGAGUGGCCUUCAAGUGGUGAUGACCCAUGUGGCCCCCCUAGCUGGAAGCAUGUUUUCUGUUCUAAAGGAAGGGUUACUCAAAUUCAGGUUCAGAACAUGAGUCUCAAAGGCCCUUUGCCUCAGAAUCUCAACAAGCUCUCCAUGCUUCAAAACUUAGGCCUUCAGAAGAAUCUGUUCACUGGUCAGUUACCAUCCUUCAGUGGCUUGUCAAAUUUACAGUAUGCUUAUUUGGAUUACAACCAAUUCGACACAAUCCCGGGUGAUUUCUUUGAUGGUCUUACGAGCCUGCAAGUUUUAGCAUUGGAUAGCAUCAAUUUCAAUGCCAGUACAGGAUGGUCAUUCCCUAAGGGGUUGCAAGAUUCUGCUCAAUUAGCUAAUCUUUCUUGUAUGAGUUGUAAUUUGGUGGGUCCCUUGCCAGAUUUCUUAGGCCGAAUGCAAUCUCUUCAGUUCUUGAAACUCUCCGGCAAUAGUUUGUCAGGUGAAAUUCCGGCGAGUUUUCAGGGCAUUUCUUUGCAGAUGCUGUGGCUGAAUGAUCAACAAGGAGGGGGUAUGACUGGGCCCAUUGAUGUGGUGACAACCAUGGCAUCACUCUCGGUUCUGUGGCUUCAUGGGAACCAGUUCACGGGGACAAUACCAGAGAGCAUCGGUAAUUUGACUCUUUUGAAGGAUCUCGACCUUAAUGGUAAUAAGCUCGUUGGUUUGGUACCUGACAGCUUAGCGAAUAUGCAGCUAGACGCUUUAGAUUUGAACAAUAACCAGUUAAUGGGUCCAAUCCCCAAUUUUAAAGCAGCUAAAGUGACUUGUGCUUCAAAUGCAUUUUGUCAAUCCACUGCUGGGGUUGCUUGUGCCCCUCAAGUUAUGGCACUGAUACAAUUUCUUGGUGGGUUGAAUUACCCUUCAAGGUUUGUUUCUUCAUGGACUGGUAAUAAUCCAUGCACAGGGCCAUGGCUGGGAUUGAAUUGCGAUAACAAUGGCAAUGUUUUUAUGAUUAAUAUACCUAAGUUCAACCUUAGUGGCACCUUGAGCCCUUCGGUAGCACAGUUAGAUUCUCUUUCUCAAAUAAACCUGGCCAGUAAUGAAGUAAAUGGUCCAAUCCCAUCGAACUGGACUAGUUUGAAGUCGCUGAAGACUUUGGAUCUUAGUGACAACAAUAUUUCUUAUCCCCUGCCAAAGUUCAGUAGCACUGUGAAACUUGUCUUAGAUGGGAAUCCUCUGUUAAAUGGAAACCAGUCAGGUAGCACUCCACCUUCAGGAGGCAGUCCGUCAUCUGGGGGUUCUCUAUUUCCACCUGGCAGUCCAGUUAACCCAGAAGGCUCCGGUAAUUCUUCUGGGGGAUCAAAGAAGACAUAUUUCAAAACGUCUACUUUAAUUGCAAUUGUAGCUCCUGUUGCAGUUGUUGCUUUCUUGGCCUUUCCUGUUUAUUUCUAUUGUUAUAAGAAGAGAAAAGAUGCCUACCAGGCUCCAGGAUCUCUUGUUAUCCACCCUAGAGAUCCGUCCGAUUCAGAUAACAUGGUAAAGAUUGUAGUUCCCACUAACGUCAAUGGAAGUGCCUCUACAGUAACAGGGAGUGGUUCUGCAAGCAGAAAUAGUAGUGCAUUUGGCGAUUCACACGUCAUUGAGGCAGGAAAUCUGGUUAUAUCAGUUCAAGUCCUUCGGAAUGUGACAAAGAAUUUUGCCCCAGAGAAUGAACUUGGCCGCGGUGGCUUUGGUGUUGUGUAUAAGGGAGAAUUGGACGAUGGAACAAAAAUAGCAGUGAAGAGAAUGGAGGCUGGUGUGUUAAGUGGCAAAGCAUUGAAUGAAUUCCAGGCUGAGAUUGCUGUUCUUUCAAAGGUUCGGCACCGCCAUUUGGUGUCUCUUCUGGGUUAUUCCGUCGAAGGCAAUGAGAGAAUUCUUGUUUACGAGUAUAUGCCCCAAGGGGCUCUCAGCAAGCAUCUUUUCCAUUGGAAGAGCUUCGAAUUGGAGCCCCUCUCUUGGAAGAGAAGACUCAAUAUUGCACUAGAUGUAGCUAGAGGGAUGGAGUAUCUUCAUAGUAUGGCUCACCAGAGCUUUAUACACAGAGAUCUUAAAUCUUCAAAUAUAUUACUUGGCGAUGAUUUCAAAGCAAAAGUUUCAGAUUUUGGACUGGUGAAACUUGCUCCCGAUGGUGAAAAAUCUGUUGUGACUAGGCUUGCAGGGACUUUUGGAUACUUAGCGCCAGAGUAUGCAGUUACAGGGAGAAUUACAACCAAGACCGAUGUCUUUAGUUUUGGGGUUGUGUUGAUGGAGCUUUUGACUGGUUUAAUGGCACUCGAUGACGGCAGGCCUGAGGAUAGACAAUAUUUGGCUGCAUGGUUUUGGCGCAUCAAAUCAGAUAAAGAGAAACUGAGAGCUGCCAUUGACCCAGCGCUUGAUGUAAAGGGUGAAACAUUUGAGAGUAUGUCGAUCAUUGCUGAACUUGCCGGGCACUGUACUGCAAGGGAACCUGGCCAAAGACCUGAUAUGGGAUAUGCUGUCAAUGUUCUAGCUCCACUUGUUGAAAAAUGGAAACCGUUGGAUGACGACACUGAAGAAUAUUGUGGCAUUGAUUACAGCCUUCCUCUGAACCAAAUGGUGAAGGGAUGGCAAGAAGCAGAAGGAAAGGAAUUCAGUUACCUAGAAGACAGCAAGGGUAGUAUCCCAGAAAGACCUACUGGAUUUGCAGAAUCUUUCACUUCUGCUGAUGGUCGGUAGAAGAGGUACUUUGCUUUAUUUUGUUACGUACUGUUCUUCCAGUACGUAACAAAUUAUUAUGUGAAACAGAAUGUAACAUAAAUAUGGGGUAAACUCUGCGUACAUUUUGCAUGUUCCCGACCCCGCCCACUACUGGAGCCUUGUGCACUGGGUGUUGUUGUUUUCCUUUGUUGUUCUUCCGGUAGGCGUAGAUAGCAUGUCAUGUUUUUGUUGUUUGAAAGUUUGAUGUUAAUAGAUUAUAGAAUCAUUGCUUCAAGCCUUUAAUUGUGUUUUCAUUGUAAUUUAAGGUGGAGAUUCUACAUUUUGUAGAGUUCUCAUGCAUUACACCAAAAAGAAAAA